CAGCGGCCGCGGAGGAGGCGGCAGCGGCGGGCGCGAGCGGCGGCGGCGGCGGCACCGGCUUGGGGCCAGCCAGGCGCGCAUCCCCGGGCGCCCUGCGCAGAGGAGAGCUCGGUGGGCCUGGGAGCCACCGGACAGGACUGGACAAAGCAAGAUGGCAGGGAUCUUAGCCUGGUUCUGGAACGAGAGGUUUUGGCUCCCGCACAAUGUCACCUGGGCAGACCUGAAGAACACGGAGGAAGCCACCUUCCCCCAGGCUGAGGACCUCUACCUCGCCUUCCCGCUGGCCUUCUGCAUCUUCAUGGUGCGGCUCAUCUUCGAGAGAUUUAUAGCCAAACCAUGUGCUAUAGCCCUCAACAUUCAGGCCAGUGGGCCACAAAUUGCCCAGCCAAAUGCCAUUCUGGAAAAGGUCUUCACUGCCAUUACAAAGCAUCCCGAUGAGAAGAGACUGGAAGGCCUCUCCAAGCAGCUGGACUGGGAUGUUCGAAGUAUUCAGCGCUGGUUUCGGCAAAGACGCAACCAGGAGAAGCCUAGCACCCUGACGAGAUUCUGUGAGAGCAUGUGGAGAUUUUCAUUUUACCUGUAUGUAUUUACCUACGGAGUUCGGUUCCUGAAAAAGACCCCCUGGUUGUGGAAUACAAGGCACUGCUGGUACAACUACCCCUAUCAGCCUCUCACCACUGACCUUCACUACUAUUACAUCCUGGAGCUAUCAUUUUAUUGGUCUUUAAUGUUUUCCCAGUUCACUGAUAUCAAAAGGAAGGACUUUGGCAUUAUGUUCGUGCACCACCUGGUAACGAUUUUAUUGAUCACCUUUUCAUAUGUCAAUAACAUGGCCCGAGUAGGGACCCUGGUCCUCUGUCUUUUGGACUCAGCUGAUUCUCUUCUAGAGGCUGCCAAAAUGGCAAAUUAUGCCAAGUUUCAGAAACUAUGUGACCUCCUGUUUGUUAUGUUUGCCAUGGUUUUUAUCACCACACGGCUGGGUAUAUUUCCUCUCUGGGUGUUAAACACCACAUUUUUUGAAAGUUGGGAAAUCGUUGGACCUUACCCUUCCUGGUGGGUUUUUAACCUACUACUUUUGCUACUGCAAGGGUUGAACUGCUUCUGGUCUUACUUGAUCAUAAAAAUAGCCUGCAAGGCUAUUUCAAGAGGCAAGGCUGGGAAGUGGAACCCUUUACAUGUGUCCAAGGAUGAUAGAAGUGACAUUGAGUCUAGCUCAGAUGAGGAGGACUCAGAACCUCCAGGGAAGAACCCCCACACUGCAACAACCACCAAUGGGACCAGUGGUACUAAUGGGUACCUGCUGACCGGUUCUUGCUCCAUGGAUGAUUAAUUACUUAAAACUAUAAGUCCUGAACAAAGUGAACUGUUUGUUCCUGGAAGUAUUUAAUGAGUUGCAAAUGCAGUUCCUUUCAUAAUAUCUCAGCACCAGAAACAAAAAUUAGGAUUAUCAAAGCAUUUUGAAUAGUGCACUGCCGUAUGUCCUGUCUGUGAAUGAAGAAAUACCAUUCUCUCUAUGUAGGCAUGCUGUAUGUAAUUGACACAAGGGAACAGUAUUUGCGUUUGUACUGUCUUAGAAUAUUAUUUAUUUUUUGUAUGUUUGUAAAUCUUUGGACAAAAGAGGGUUUUCUGCUCCUUUUAUUCCCUGGGUUAAUGACAGUGAAGGAGAUGUUCCAUCCGCCUCUGCCCCUUUCUCUUGCUGUAGUCCGGUGUGAUUUGAGCAUCAGCUUAGUUUGUCACUUAGAGCAAGCAAAACCCAGUGUGAGAGCCCCACACAGCACCGCUAGGUUUGCUUUCUUUGUGUUACUAUGCUCGUUUUAAAACUGUGUAAUCAGUCUUGGUGACCAUCCUUCCAGUGUGAAGCUUGAAACAGGAUCAAGUAGCUUUUAAAAUUGUCGCUCUUUGUGGUCAAGUAGCAGUUCAAAUAAUAAAGAGGAUGGUUAUUGGGAGGCUUUUUGAAUGUUGUGUGGAACUGAUUUGGAAUACAUUUUCUUAACGCACACAGCCAAGAUUUGUCCAGCAAAUGUGGCAGCCAGUUUGGGGAUUAACCUAUAGGUUGUGGAAAUCGUUUAUCCUCUGUAUGUGAGACGAAUUCAGUGUUCUGGCUCUGAAGGAAGAUACUUUGCUUCAACUCUUAGUUAUAAACAAAGAAAUCACUCUUAUAGUAGGAAAUUGCUUCGUGUUCUGGGAAUAAUAUAAAGAGAGCAACUGAUUUCAACCAGGUUUGCCUACCUUAUAAUUAGUGCAGUCUUCUGUCACGUCCUGAAAAAAAAAGCUAAGUGUAUUUUGGGAUGGCAAAGAGAGUCUUUCAAGAAUUAGCACAGAUCACACCAGUGCAAAGCACUUUAUUCCAGCCAGCUUUUGGGGAAAAGCCCUCGCUAGUAUUGAACUUGAUGUUUUUAUUUUGCUGAGCAAAAGAAAGCCAAUGGAGGACAGACUGGUAUGCCCAUUGUUUUUGUCUUUAAACGUAACCCACAGUGACCUUCUUGCUACUAGAAACUGGAGAGUGUUGCACUCCAAGUCCUUUUAAUUUGCUUCUUUAAAGACUCGGUUUCCAGGAAUUUAUAUUCAAUUUUUAUUUUCAGAAAAGCAACAAAAUUCUAUCAAUGACAGUAUCAGCAAUGAGAAAAAUUACUGAAGAAUAAAGUCUUCAUAAGUCUUCUCCACAGCAGUGUUAUACAUGGAUAAGAAUACCAUGCACAUAAGCCAAAGAUUGUCUCUCUUUUCUUCUAACUUCUAGUAAGAGAGAAUAAAAGAGGAUUACAUGUAGUUAUUUUAUAAAUCAAAAAGAUUGUCACCCAACACUGGAAUCCAAAACAAAAAUGCAGGAAUAUAAAUGUAUGUACUGUGAAAAUAACAGAAAAAUAUUACUGUGUGUGUGUAGCCUGCUCAAAGCCACUCACAUUUAAUUAAAUGUGCUCAAACUUUGCAGUCUCUGAGUUAAUGGUUAAAAGAAUAGUUCCAAACAAAAACUUCUUUCAUCAUAAUAUUGAGUUUUCCCUACCCACUUCCAAAUAAGAUGUUUCUGAAGUAAUAACUGAAGAAGUCAGAAAUAUGUCUGCUUGUUUAUGUAGAAAACAAUGCAGCCUUUUCUGCUGAUAGACCCUUAUUAUAUUAUUUCACAAGAGAGGCAUAUAUCUAGGCAUAUAGUUUGUGGAUGGCUGAGUUUAUGAAACCAGUCACAAAACACCAAAAAGUAGUCACUAGGAUGUCUGCUCAAAUGCAGAUAGAUAAAAGUAACAUCAUGCAUAGUUUAGCUGAAAAUUUUGAGCCAGUGAAAGAUGUUAUUGCCUCAGCUAUGAGACAUACGUGCAUCACUUCAAUACCUGAGCAAGUCCUCAUGAUGAAUCAAAUGAACUUGAGAACUGCAAUGCGUCCCAGCGUGGGCCACCCUACACAUUUUAGUACAGAAAAUAACUUCAAGAUCAGCUUGUAAGUUAAAGAUUUAGAAGAGGUUCCUGAAAUGGUAAAAUUGAUUCUGUCCUUAGCAGAGGCAAAUCUAAAUGAUCUUUUUCUUUUUUCCUCAGUGUAACUUAGAAGGAAGACUGGGAAUAGCCUUGCCAGCUGCUAACAUUGACACAGUCCUCUCUACAAGUCUGUUUCACUUUACGUUUUAGGGCAGAGUUCUUUUUCAGCUACUUAAAAUUCAAGUUGAUAGGUUUUUUUAAUCUCUGUCUGUCUACUGCUCUCUGAUCGUGGCCUGAGAAAGGCUGACAGAGAAAACUAUGUGAAGUAGCUUAUCAUCACCUGAGCCAGGCUGUAGCUUUUGGGGGGUAACUUUUGUAAAUUCAGCUGUAGGCUAGUGAGAGUGGUGUUUCUUGUUAGUUGGCCAGUGGUGACAUUCCCUCCUAGUUACAUGCAGAGCUUUCCAGGGUACCAAGGGGUAUGUAGAAAGGACUCUAGAAAAAGUGGUAUUUUACCUCUCCAGUGUUAUAGCUUUUCUAGAUCUUUUAGUGUGGGAAAACGUAGCAAAUGAGGUAGAAUUGGGCCUUGGGUUAAUAAAUGAUAUAAAAGUAUAUGAUCUAUGUGUGUAUGUGUUUGUCUCUCCAUAAAAAACAUUAUAAAACCAAAAUAAUCAGUGAUUCAUCUUUGUCCAUGUUCGUACCAUAAAAACACUAGAAGCUCCUCUGGUCCUCUGUUCUUGCUCCCCACCAAGCUGAGAGUGGCAAAGCCCUUUCAGUCGCUUAGCCACAAGCUAUGUACGUUACAGUCCAGAUCAUGAGUACAUAAGGUCACACAGAAGUUAGAUACAGUUUAGGUUUCCAAGUCAGUCCUGUGGAUUUUUACAGUAAAAGAGAAACCAUCAGUAUUUUGAAUUAUUCAGGUAUUUUGGGGGGAAAGUAGAAAAAAGUCCCUGAUCCCCAGGAUUGUGUUAACACCCUAUACCUGCUGAGCUGUGAAACAGAUGGCGUCCUGAGCUACCAUCAGAGAACACCACAGCAUCUGACAAAAAUGAUGCAAUAAAGGCAGGCAAGAAGUGAGGUGAGAGCAGAUUAUCUGUAGUCAGAAUGGUAGGUGAACUCAAAAUGGCCAGUUCCGUUGCUGUCCUUUGCGUUUUGAGUACAGUUGUAUGCUAUAUAAUGAUGUUUCGGUCAGUGACAGACCACAUGGACAAUUGUGGUCCUGUAAGAUAUUAAUAUAUCCUCAGUGUCUAGUCGGCCAGACCAUCUAGGUUUGUGUAAGUCUGCUCUGUGAUUUUCAUAUAGUGAAAUCACUUACUGGGACAUUUCUCAGUAUAUGUCCCUGUAGUUAUGUGAUACAUGACUGUAUUUGACAGAAUUUGAAUUUGAGCAAACUGAAUGCCUUCAUUUUAGGUAGAAAAGAUCUGAAGCUUCCAUUUUAUAUUAAAUUUCAUUGUUAUUUGAACUAAUUAAAAUGUGAGUCUUUCUUUCAGCUUGUUUGAGACCACUAAAGAGCUCUUCAAAGAUAGUUUUGUGGACAGCCAUGAUUGUUCACAGUACAAUCAUAAUUCUGCUUUAGUAGUUACUUUUGUCCCUAUCUGGAAACAUUAAAGCCAAAGUUGCCUGAAUAUGUGAGUAUUUUCCUUAAUUUGCAGUGUAAAAACUAUAUAAAUAAUUCCAAAGGUAUUGAAGGUUUCCAUGUAUUAGUGUGUGAUGGUGUCAUUAUAUUCGGAGAGGUUUCAAGAAGUCUUUUGGAAAUAAAAAGUUAAAUGUUUACAUUUCAUGUGAUAUUUGAGGCGUUAACAUUCUCAUUAGCUUACUUUUUUGUCUUUGGAGUUUUGCUUUGUGGACAAAUAGGAAUAUCUCAGAAAUAUUUCUGAUAUGAAAAUAAAAAAAAUCAAAUCAAUGUCAGCCUAAAGAUAAGGUGAUCUCAUAGCACCUUUUAGUGUGCUAUAGGUGACUCGUAUGAAAAGCAAAGAUGUAGGAAACUCUAGUUAUUGCACUUGUAUCUAGCACAUAGUCCGUGGACGGAAAAAUCAUGAGCAAUUCAUUAAACACAAACUAUUCCUGAAAAUACAGCCAGAUUUUUUCUUAAAGUACUGUUGUCUCCAGAAUCAGUUAAGGUUUCUCUUGGAGAAGUGAAAUUUUGCCAUUUUCAAAUUGCCACUAGCUCGCCUGCUGCCUCUUAGUUCUUUGAAGUGAUUGGCCAAAGAAAGGCCCUGGUUUUGCCUUUGUGUGGACAGCACCCUCCCACCUCUAGGGGGCGCUCAGUGCAUGCUGAGAAGCCCUGUCCACUAUGAAGUUAGAACUGAAUAAACAGAGGUAGUAUGUGUAGUCCUGGUUUUCAUGAAGGAAACUGUAUGGGAGAACAUAAAACUACCUAAGUACUGUUAAUAAGAUCUGCAGACGUCCGAAGACGGUCUUUUCUAGCUAUUUCCAACUUGGGUUCUCCCCAAAGACUUUGAAAGGAAUGUGUUACCAAAUGGGCACACACUGAGCCAAAGGAAUUGGACAGAUCUGGAAGCCAGGUAGCAUAUGGUAUCUCCACACAAAGGGCAUUCUCAGGAUUGCUGAGGAAGUGAUAGGAGGGGCCUGUUAUCCUAGAGUCUGUCUUGUUUGAUCUCAUUCAUUCACAUUCCUUUGAGCCAUCUAAACUCUUGCUAAAAGGAAGCAACCAGGUUGUCAAUUUUCUGCUUCGGAUUCCUCGCUAGCCUAUGGAUCAGUCAUGUGCUACACCUUUUUCUCUGCUUGGUUUCAUUUUUUAGAAAGAAGUUAUUAUGUCUGUGUGUGUGUGUUUCCUUAUUAUGGGUUCAUGAAGGCAUGGCUUGCUGUGCUGGUGUAUGUUUUGUGGCCUAGAAUCCAGAAACAGCAGCUCUGAGUAAGGUUUCUGUGUUUGGCACAAAAAAAAGGUAGAUUUCUUUUUUGUUUCUUUUUUUCUUUUUUGUCUACAGAAAUCAAAACCAUGAUUUUAAAAUUAUACUUUAAAAUUAAGGAUUUUAAAAGGUAGCUGCAAAAAAUAAAUAAAAAGGUUCUGUAACAGGAGCAGGUACGUGACGAUUCUGGAACUUCAGUUUAGAGCUUCAUUAAUUUAAACCUGGAAAACAUCCUCCAAGUUUGAUUUCCCACAAGUUCACAAAGCCCUUAAGCUCGUGGUUUUCGGCUAGGUCUUGUGUGUCCACAUCAGAAUCAUCUGCUUCCACAACCGUUUGUGGGCAUGGAAGGGGCUGGUGGUUAGUUUUUGGUUUGAUUUUUUUUUUUCAGCUUUCAGUGAGAAAUAGGAUAGGAGACAAAACCUUACUUGUUUUCUUAAAACAAUUCAGUGCUUGAGUAUCUCUGUCAAAAAUAGAAUGACGUGCUGUUAGCCAAUUAGAAUUAUUUCAUGUAUUGUUAUUGUGUUUUGCUGAUUUUAUAUGAAAGUACUGUUAUUCACUCUUGAUCUCUGGAAGCAAUCAUUAUUAUGAGGAUCAUUUUACUUUGGAAACACUUUCAUAAUAAAGAUAAGUAUUAAGAGUCCA